AUGGCGGGAGGAGCUCCCGUCCAGGCUCAUGGAACGGGAGCGGGAUUGCUGGCACCGCUUGUCAGCGAGCUGGAUCGCAUGGCGCCGAGCUUCGAUGUUCGAGGAGAGCAGAUCCGCAUCUUGAAGACGCCGGCCGAGUUCUACGAGACGCUCAAGGACCGAAUACGACAUGCCAAGAAGAGGAUAUUCCUGUCGACGCUUUACAUUGGAAAAUCGGAAAAGGAGCUCAUCGAGACGCUGCGGGAAGCGCUGGGGCGGAACCCGGAUCUGAAGCUGAGCAUCUUGACGGAUGCGCUGCGAGGGACGCGCGAGUCGCCGGAGGCUUCGUGCGCUUCGCUGCUGGCGCCGCUGGUGGACGAGUUUGGGGCUGAUCGCGUGGAGAUUCGCAUGUAUCAUACGCCGAAUUUGACGGGGUUGCGGAAGCAGUAUGUGCCGAAGAGGAUCAACGAGGGAUGGGGACUGCAGCACAUGAAGCUUUACGGAGUGGACGAUGAGAUCAUCAUGUCUGGGGCCAACUUGUCGAUGGACUACUUUACGAACCGACAGGAUCGCUAUCACCUCUUUUCGUCCAAGGAGGUAACUGACUACUUUUGGGGCAUCUACAAUGGCGUCGCAUCGUUUAGUUUCCUCGUUCAGCCCUCAAAAGAGGAUGUCGCUGGAUACACCCUUUCUUGGCCGAUGACAAACUCUGCUCCAUCACCUCUGGAGAAGCCGCAGACUUUUGUCAAGAAAACUACAUCUACGCUGCAGGCGCUUAUAGCCGCACCCGAAAAGCAGCCAGAGAGCGAGCUCAAGGACACUCGAGUGUACAUGCUCAGCCAAAUGUCUCAAGUCAUGAAACCAGAUACAUCGACGGAGCUUCCUGUGUUGACGCGGAUUCUCGAGAGGUUGUCUGAGCCGGAAUAUGCUGGAUCGUCAUGGACAUUUACCGCGGGAUACUUUAACCCAGCUCCGUCAUUAACCAAGCUGCUUCUUAACACAGCUUCCAACAAAAACGUCGUCCUUACGGCGGCGCCUGAAGCUAACGGCUUCUACAAGUCGAAGGGAGUGUCUGGGCUUUUGCCGGAUGCUUAUGUGCUUCUCGCUCGUCGCUUUCUAUAUGCCGUCCAGCAACGUGGUCGCGAAGGGGACAUUACGUUGAAAGAGUGGCGCUUUGGUACAACUGGUCAGCCUGGGGGAUGGACAUACCACGCAAAGGGCCUCUGGAUAACAAUGCCCGGCGAUGCAAACCCUAGCAUGAGCAUCAUUGGCAGUUCCAACUACACCAAGCGAAGCUACUCGCUCGAUCUUGAGGCGGGAGCCCUGAUUGUGACUCGCAACGAAGCACUAAAGGCCCGGCUCGGAGAGGAACAGGGCUGGCUGCAGGAUCAUGCCGCGGGAGUCACGAUGGAAGACUUUACCAGGAAUGAGCGGAGGGUCAGUCUCAAGGUGCGGAUUGCCAUGUGGAUUGUCAAGGUUGUGGGAGGCGCUUUGUGAUUGGGAUGGGCUUUUUUGGGUUUGGUUCGGAGUGAGAGAUUUAAAAACGAGAUACCCAAAUGGGAUGAAAUAGAAUUUUAUAGACUAGAUGAUGUAUUUCUAGCUGGACGCCGAUAGUCGAUGGCGUACUUAUUGUGAGUCACCGUCUGCUCUGCAUCACACUACCGAUAUGUCCGGGAUGAUAGCUUCAAUAUGAACUUGUGAACAUG